UGAAGUAGCAACGAAAAUAAUUUUAUGGUGGGGUCACCACAUGAGGAGCUGUAUUUAAAGGGCCAGAAGGCUGAGAACCACUGAUAACCCCAAGCAUCCCACUGGUGUCUGCGGGGCUGGGGACGAGGAAGCCCUGCUUGGUCCAGAGGCUCUGCCCGCACUCUUCCUGGUCACCCCCCUGCCCUGCACGUGGGGGAGCCCCUGCACUGCUCGCAGCAGAGGGGCCGUGGCUCGUUCCGGCUGCAGAGGGUGGGGUCUCUCUAAGAAGGGUCUGGUUUGUUUGUUGCUGCUUUUUAAAUAUAUUUUUACUCAUUUCAGACAGGAAGGGAGAGGGAGAGAGAGAAACAUCAAUGAUGAGAGAGCAUCAUGGAUCGACUGCCUCCUGCACGCCUCCUACUGGGGACGGAGCCCACAACCCCGGCACGUGCCCUGACCUGGAAUUGAAACCUGACCUCCUGGUUCAGAGGUUGACGCUUAACCACGGAGCCACGGGCCCGGCAGGAAGUGUCUGGCUUGUUUACAGCUCACAGUGCACUUAGCAGCAGAGGCAGAGUCCAGGGGUCAGCGAGCGACGCAGGCCAUCUGCAGCUCUCCCCCGUGGACCUGUCCGAGCUCCACGCCGACCUGAAGAUCCAGGAGAGGGACGAGUUCGCCUGGAAGAAGCUGAAGGCCGAAGGCUUGGAUGAGGACGGGGAGAAGGAGGCGAAGCUCAUACGCAACCUCAACGGUACCGUCCUUCCUCCUCACCCAGGGCUGCGCUCCCCACUCGGCCUGUGGGCGGGACGGCGGGCCCUGCAGCCGGGAGCCCGGGCAGCUUUUCCAGUUCCCAGUCAUCCUGGCCAAGUACCGGCUGGACGGGAGGAAGGACGCCCGGGUGCCCAGCAGCAACUCCCUCACCGAGGGCCCCGAGCAGGACAGCCUGGAGGACCCCCGGCUGGAGAAGCUGUGGCACAAGGCGAAGACCUCCGGGAAGUUCUCCAGGGACGAGCUGGACAAGCUGUGGCGGGAGUUCCAGCACCACCGGGAGAAGGUGCAAGAGUACAACGUCCUGCUGGAGACGCUGAGCAGGACCGAAGAGAUUCAGGAGAACGCCAUCAACCCCUCGGACAUGCGCCGCGCGCAAGAGGAGGUGCUGCACAGCCGGCACGCGGAGCUCAAGGACCGGCUGCGGCGCAUCAGCCAGGGCUACGACCGGCUGCGGAAAGUCAGCCACCAGGGCUACGGCGCCGAGGCCGAGUUUGAGGAACCACGAGUGAUCGACCUGUGGGACCUAGCCCAGUCGGCCAACUUCUCUGAGAAGGAGCUGGAGGCCUUUCGGGAGGAGCUGAAGCACUUUGAAGUGAAGAUUGAGAAGCACAACCACUACCAGAAGCAGCUGGAAAUUUCGCAUCAGAAACUGCGGCACGUGGAGCGGUUUGGCGACCAGGAGCACCUCAGCCGGAACAAGGAGCGCUACGCGCUGCUGGAGGAGAAGACCAAGGAGCUGGGCUACAAGGUGAAGAAGCACCUGCAGGACCUGUCGGGCCGCAUCUCCCGAGCGCGCCACAACGAGCUCUGAGGACGGCCUGGCGUGGCCCGCACUCAGGGUGGCGUCUGCGUGAGCCGGACCUGGGACCGGGGACAGCGUGGCCGUGACCAGCAGGCGGUGGCCUCAGACGCCCUGCAGAGCCGCUGCCCCACGCCGAGCACUGAUUCGCCUGCUGGCUGAGAGGCCCUCGCCUACAGCGUCACAGCCGCGGGACCCCUAAACCUGCCCCGGAACCCCUAAGCCUGCCCCGGGACCCCUAAGCCUGCCCCGGGACCCCUAAACCUGCCGCGGGACCCCCAAACCUGCCGCGGGGACCCCCAAACUUGCCCCAGGACCCCUACACCUGCCGCGGGAGCCCCUAAACCUGCCGCGGGAGCCCAGGAUCGGAGCCCCGUGCGACGACUAUUUAAUUCGUCCGUGACUGUCGCUCACUGUCCCUGUUUCUCACUGUGUCCUUGCCGCUCGGCCUCAGCCCACGGUGGCUCCAGGCACUGCCAGCCGGAUGGCCCUUCCAUCCCCACACCCCACGCCCGUCCUCCCUGAUGCAUCAGAGGAAGGAAGGGCAGCUGGGGACGAUUCUCGCCCCUGCGGGCACCCCGCGGGGAAGAGCCUCCGGGUGGUCUAAGGGGCACCUUCCCAGGUUGGCCCCUGGAAGAGGCUCGGCCGUCGGGCACUCACCCUUGUUGGAAGGAACCCCGGGCAGCGUGCUAGUGUUCAUGGGAUUGGGGUGCCGGGAGGGGCCCCGCAGCCACUGGGUCCCUGGCAGGGCGGCCUCCCUGCUGGGCCUCCACACCAUGUGUGCCCUGGCCGGCAGCUGGUGUGUCCCUCCGGGCCACUGCCAGGCCUCGGCAGGGCUGGGGCUGCCCUCUGAGGCGCAGUGCCAGGGGCCCAGAGCCGUGCCCUUUGCCUGGCCAGCCCUCAUGGGGUUCACAUCGCGGUGGGGUAAGAGGCCUGGGAUGUGGAGGUGAGCAGAGGGGACGUGGGACUCGGUUUACCUGAGUUGUUGACAACCUGGCCUUCAGACCAUGCGGUUGGUGGCUCCUGCCCCUGGAGAUCGCUGAGGUGGGAGUGAGGGGCAGUCACGGGUGCACAGACCGCCUCUGGCACAUGCGCUGUCCCAGGGAGCAUGGGGCCCACCCCAGGACCCCCAACCUCCUAUAGCUAACCACUUGGCUUGUGACCCCCCCAAGUUCAGAUACUAAGCCCAGUCCCCAGGAUGUGGGAUUUGUAGGUGGGCCCUGGGGGGUGAUUGGUUCUGAGGGUGGGGCCCCCCACAUGGGGUGAGCACCUCUUCCUGCCCAGCAAGGUGGCAGCUCUCCAGACACCAGUCCCUCCGCUCCCUGGUCUUGGACUUCCCGCCUCUGGGACAGAAAUAAAGGGUUAAGCCUCCA